GCCGCCUGAGGAAACCCACACGGACAUGAUGUGGAGAACAUGGAAACUCCACCCAGAUAGAGACUUGAACCCAAGACCCCGGUGCUGAGAGAUAUUUCCUCCAAUACCUCCAAGACUGCAAGGACAAGAGCACCAAAUGGACACAAUGGAUAUCCUCUAUUCUGUAGACUUUACCUUCACAUAGCAUAACCAGUGGACCAUUCAAAACACAGGAGCCCUACCAGGACUUUGAAGCACCCAUUCACCCAUUGUUGGUAAGGGUGAGCCCGCUAGUGGCCUGCAGAAAGAACUGUAGCUACUCUAAUGAUGGGGGCUCCUGGAGGACCGGUUCUGGGUGGCUUUGGGUCCACCACUGCCUCGUUAGACAUCGCUGGAUGGAUGAUCUCACCUGGAAACACAACCAUAAGCCUGAACCAGAGCCUGUCCUCGCUCGAUCUAGCUGCCAACAUCUCCGCUUCCUCAGCAUCCACUCAGGCUGAAGACAAGGACAAGAUAGAAAAGAAUUGGCCAGCGCUGCUCAUACUGGUGAUUAUCCUGCUGACCAUAGGAGGGAACAUUCUGGUCAUCCUGGCCGUGUCCCUGGAAAAGAAGCUGCAGAACGCAACAAACUUCUUUCUGCGAUCUCUGGCCGUGGCGGACAUGUUGGUUGGCAUCCUGGUUAUGCCCAUCUCCCUCAUCAACAUCCUGUACGACUAUGCCUGGCCUCUGCCUAAUGCCCUGUGUCCAAUCUGGAUCUACCUGGACGUGCUCUUCUCCACAGCCUCCAUCAUGCACCUGUGCGCCAUCUCUCUGGACCGAUACGUGGCCAUCUGCAAUCCCAUCCAGCACAGCCGCUUCAACUCACGCACCAAAGCCAUGCUGAAAAUCGCCGCUGUCUGGACCAUCUCUAUAGGCAUCUCCAUGCCCAUCCCGGUGAUCGGCCUUAGCAACGAGGAUAAAGUCUUUGUGAACCACAGUUGUGUUCUGAAUGAGGAGCGCUUCGUGCUUGUUGGCUCCUUUGUGGCCUUCUUCAUCCCUCUGGUCAUCAUGGUGGUCACCUACUGCCUCACGGUGCAGGCCCUCCAACGCCAGGCGUCCGUCUUCCUCUAUGAGACCAAGGCAUCUUCCCAGCAGCCCUUGCAGCCCACAGGCCCAUCCUCUUCCCAGCUGGCUCCUCCCCUUGCCCCAUCGCGCCGCAGCAGCCUGAACUGCCUUCGUCUGGGGGGAGGGGACGGGAACUCUUUGAGCCCCGCCACGCUUUCGGACAGCGUCUCGAUCGUGGGCAGUUCGGAAGCCCCGUCUCAGCUUAACUCACCUGUGGGUCGAGACCCCACCGGGGCCCACGGCCGCCGUGGCAUGAUGCAGGCCAUCAAGAAUGAGCGGCGGGCCUCUAAAGUCCUGGGUGUGGUGUUCUUUCUGUUCUUGCUUAUGUGGUGCCCGUUCUUCAUCACCAAUGUGCUGUUUGUGCUGUGCCGCGGGGCAUGCAAUGAACCCCUGCUGAAUGAACUGCUCAAUGUAUUCGUGUGGAUUGGAUAUAUCUCCUCAGGGGUCAACCCUCUGGUUUACACACUUUUUAAUAAGACCUACAGACGGGCUUUCUCCAGCUACAUGCGCUGCCGGUACGGCGGAGUGCGGCUCAAACCCAUUCCCAUCUAUUCCCAGCCCUGCCCCUCCCAUGCUGCAGUUACUCCCCUCCUAAUCUGUGGGAAGGUGGGAGUGGACCGGAACAGUAACUGCCGGAAUGGGGACGGGAAUGGCUUUGGGAAUCUGGAGGCUACGGACAUAGACAUGGAUGCUGGGUUGGAACUACGACCUGGAAUGUCAGCGUUGUCCGUCAACAGCUGCCACGCGCUUCCAGAACACACAAGCAGCGUUUGAAUGGCUUCAAACCCAUGAAUCUGGAGCAGGGUCCUCCAGUUUAGCCCUUAGGACUUUGGACUUGUGUUUUGCCAAUUCCCUCGGGGUGUGUCUGCAUCCUUCUUGUUGCAUCACUCAAACAAGGAACUGCCCACAACCCUUGGGAACUCACACCAGCAUUGGGAUUGGCUUUCGUCACUACCACUAGGUGUGACACGGUCUUUCUAGAAUGUACGCUGGUAGGCACCGACUCAAAGCACCACAGACUAACCCUGGUUCGAAUGCGUCAGAGCACUUCCAGGACGCUCAGCACUGUGCAGGAAUGAAUAAGGAGUACAAAAUAUACAAGCCAGUUUUCUGGACAUGGAUUAGGCCUAGUCUCAGACUGAAAUGUAACAUCAGUGGUUGAGUAGAUGUUCUUGAUUAGCAAUUUCAGUCUCAGCUUAAGCCUAAUUAUGGUCUGAGAAACUGGUGCUACAUGUGAAAUCAACAAGUACACAUUUCUUAAUGGAACUGUGUGUGAGAACAGGUUCAGAUAUCUGAAAUGCCAAAUAAUUUAUUGUGUUGCAUGGCUUAUUCCGGUUUCCCAGUUACACCUAGUCAAACAGUGCGACCUGCUGAACAUGCAGGAAGGCUUCCAAUCAGAGAGUAUACAGUGCCCUCAUGUGGUCCAUUGCAGAAGUCUGGUUGCAGGUGGCUUGUGAGAUGAAGAGCUAAAAAAAAGGUGGCUGACCUACAUUAUAUGAAGAAAUAUUAUAUAUAUAUAUAUAUAUA